AUGAAUAGAAUUGGAUUUGGAUUGUUAUGUAUAAUGUUGGUGACAGCCAGCAGCAAUGUGAUGUUACAGACAGCAGAUCAUAGUGCAUUCAGUGAAGUGUUUAAAACUUAUUCAAAAUAAAGUGAAUUCGGAGGUAGAUUAUUUGGAGAGUUAUUGGUGAUGGUUCAGAAGGGUGAAACAUUGUAGAGUCUAAAUGAUCACGUUGAAGAGUUGAGAAAGCAUUUGUCAGAUGAUGAAUCAGAAGAUGAGAAAUAUUUCAAUGAAAAAUAACAGGAAAUGGAGGCUUCAUUUUCUGGCUUGGCAACUGAAGUUGAAGAGUUAAGAGUAUCAGUAGAACAAGCAGCAAGUAAAAUUCAAGUGUUGAAUAAAUAAUAAACUAUCAUUGAUGGGUUAUUUGCAAAUGAUCAACAAGCAUAUUAAAAGAGAGUCGGUGAUCAAAAUGCUAUUUUGGAUGUCAUAGGAUAAUUGUUAGUACGUGUUAGUGAAUUACAAUAAGGAGGAGGACACAGUUUGAUUGAGAAGGACAACUUAUUGGAUGAAAUCAAGGCUUUAGGAAGAGGAAAGCAUGUGGAAGUCUUGGCUUAAAUUACAGCUCAUUUACAAACUGAAUAGGUUGAACACAUUUAAGAAUUGUUGAAUAGAUUGAGAGAUGCAGUCUUAAACAGUUUAGCUAUUGAUGAAGAGAAGGAAUAAGAAAAUAUUAGAUUAUACAAUAAGUUGAGUGGAGAAAUCAGAAGUUCAUUGGCUUAAAGUACUAGAUCAUUUUAAGAAUUGGAGGCUCACUUUGAUUAAAAGGAAUUUGAAUUGAAUUCUAAGAAAUUGGCAGUUCGUGAAGUAGGAGAGACAUUGUAAGACAGAAACGAUUAGAGAUAGUUUAUAUUGGAUAGAGUCUAAGAGGCAUAAAAAUUAUUGAAUGAUAAUUUGGAUAGAAUUGCGAGAUGGUCAGUUGAAAGCGAAUGAAAAUGAAUUUGGAAAUUUAAUAAUUUUUAAUUUAAUAA